GAGUCACGUGACCUAAUGGACAUUAUAUGAGACACGAACUAUUGGAUCAGAGAUGAUGAGACGCCGCGUCUAAAUGGAGUUCACAAACGCACCUGUCUGAUUGGUGAGCUGAGGGAUGAGCGUGUGAAGAAAGACCUCGGUUCUGAGAAAAUAAACCAAAAUGGCCUCCACAGCGAGUGGGGAGAAAUCUCUUCCUCUCAGGAGCGUCUUUGAGAUGGAUUAUGGUUCCACAUCUGUACAGCUGCAGCUCAUCGGCCUCAGCUUCGGCUUCUACUCCCUCAUCUUCCUCCUGUCUCACUUCCUGUCUGUCCUGCUGUCACACACCUAUCGCUCUCUGACCGCUAAAGAGAAGGUGUUCUGGUGUUUGGCGGCGACGCGGGCAAUCUUCGGCUUUCAGGGCUCGUGGGCGGGGUUACGCGCGCUGAUGGAGGACGGAUCCAUGUUCAGCGAUAAGGUGCGAGGACAGACGGGCUGGUCCUGGUUCACUGUGCUGAUGGCCUGCGGGUUCUUCACCUUCGAGAAUGUAGCGCUGCACGGAUCCAACCUGGUGUUCCGCUCCUUUGACGCUCCGCUUGCCGUGCAUCAUGCCUUCGCCCUGGCUGGAUACAGCGGCACCGUGCUGCACACGGACAUCGGACACUUCCUGCCUCUCAUCACACUGUUGCUGGAGAUGAGCACGCCCUUCACCUGCAUCUCCUGGAUGCUGCUCAAGGCCGGUUGGUCUCAUACUCUGCUGUGGAGAGGGAAUCAGUGGCUAAUGAUCCACAUGUUCCACUGCCGCAUGGUGGUGACGUACUACAUGUGGUGGGUGUGUUGGUGUAACUGGUCUGGUUUGUAUGUGACCAUUCCUCUUCCUCAGCUCCUCAUCUUCCUCGUGGGCCUGACACUCCUCACACUCAUCAUGAACCCCCUGUGGCUGCACAAGAAGACCAUGCAGCUCCUCAACCCCAUCGACUGGAACUUCAGCAACAAGCCAGCACCGGAGAAAAGGGGCAAAGCACACAAGAGCUGAGCUCGGAAAUCCUGCCCCUGCCUCCUGCCCCUGCCCCGCCCCUUAAGGCAGUGUUACUGAACACUAUUCUGCAGCUUUGAGGUGUUGAUUUGAAUGAGAGUUACUAAAAACUCAGAAACUAAUUGUUUUGCCUGAUUGCUGGGAUUAGACAGAAAUAUCAGAUCACUGCAGUAGAAGACGUUUUGACCAUACACAAUGUGCAUCAUCAUCAUAAUAAUAUAUAUAUAUAUAUAUAUUUUAAAUCAUAUAUAAUUUUUUUUUAAAUCAUAUAUAUAUAUAUAUAUGGUAAUGGUUGUAUUAAAAUAAAUAAAUCAGCGCUUUAAAAGAAGGGAUAAAAAAAACAUUUUACACAUAACAUCAAAUCUUCAGCUUCCAGAAAUUGUGAUCACGAUAAUGGUAGUGUAUCAUGUGGCCACUGUGGAUAUUCAGCUAGUGUUAAAGAAGUUCACUUCCAGAACGAAAAUCUACAAAUACUUUCCUCACCCUUUUGUCAUCCAAGAUGUCUUUCUUCCAUCAGUGGUAAAGAAAUGAUGUUUUUUGAGGAAAACAUUUCAGGAUGUUUCUCCAUAUAGUGGACUUCAAUGGUGACCAUGAGUUUGACCUUCCUGAAUACAGUUUAAAUGCAGCUUCAAAGAGCUCUAAACCUCCAUCCCAGCCCAGGAAGAAGGAUCUUAUCUAGACACACCAUCGCUCAUUUUCUUAGAAAAAUUAAAAAGCUGUAGACUUUUUAACCACAAAAUCUCGUCUAGCGCUAGCCCUGGGAUGAGUGUCUGCAAUGCUACGUAGUACGUAAUCACGUCGGAAGGUCAUGCGUGAUGUAGGCAGAGCUACAGACCCAGUGUUUACAAAGCGAACGUGUAAAGACCAAGGAGGUACAAAUAAAUCAAACGCUCUUUACUCACAAAAAGGUACAUAUAACUUUGUGUCGUUCCACACAUAACAACUUCAGAGUGCUCCUCCUUCUCCACUUUAGUAAACACUGGGUCUGUAGCUCCGCCUACGUCAUGCGUGACCCUCUGACAUGAUUACAUAGUAUGUAGUGUUGCAGAUGUGCAUCCGAAAGCUAGCGCUAGACAAGCUUUUGUGGUUAAAAAGUAUACAAUUUUUUAUUUUUCUAAGACAAUGAGUGAUGGUUUGUCUAGACAACCAGACAAAUCCUGGGCUGGAUGGUUUAGAGCUCUUCGAAGCUUUGAAGCAUUUUGGAAGCUCAGACUCGCGGGCCUGAAAUGUUUUCCUCAAAAAACAUCAUUUCUUUAUGACUGAAGAGAGAAAGACAUGAACAUCUUGGAUGAUGGGGGGGGGGAUUAUUUGUAGUUUUUAGUUCUUCUCCUUUAACACACACACACACACACACACGGUGUGUCAGGUGGUGUUAUGUUAGCUUGUUAGCUAAAGGUCAUGUGUAGAUCUGAGUUUUCUCCUCUCUACACUUCCUCCUGAGGUUUACAGCUGAAUCUGACGCAGCGCUUUAUCUCCUUCCUCCUUUCACCGAAGGGUUUUUUUUAGACUUCCUGUUUCUUUUGGAGAAAGUGAGUGUGUUGUGCAGUUCCUUGUGUUUACACUUCACAUGAUCAGAGUGUAAAAGAACAAAAUCUUUUAUUAUUCUGCAUGAAAGAAUUUGAAGUAUUAAUAUGAAGUUAAAGUGUCCAAAUAUUAAUAUUUUGUGCAACUUUUUUUUUUUUUAAAUGCACCCAAUUCUCAUGUCCUGCUGUGUGUUAAGUUUUAUUAUUAUUAUUAUUAUUAUUAUUAUUAUUAUUAUUUAAUUAUUUUGUUAUGGUAUUUUUAAUGAUUCAGUUUCCCUCCCACGCUCUGGAUGCCUUCACCAUUGCUAUGACAACUGUUGAUUACGGUCUGAACAAACAUUUUGUUGACAACUUAUUAAAAACAAAUUAUUUAAAAAAAAAUAAUAAUAAUGAAAUAAAAUGCAUCUGAUUUG